CUAGCUGAAAUCCCAUUAGCAUGUUAUUUUCCUCCCCUUAGCAAGUGUUCUAAAGAGCACGAAAUAGCCUACCAAUAAUAGGCCAGUAAAUGUAUAAGUCUCCCCACAGAGUCUUCACAAGAUGCUCGGGAGGUUGUUUGUUCCAGAGAAUGUGUGGUGCAUACAGUUAUGAACGCGGUGGGCAUGGAAUGCAACAUGCUGGAAUUAAAUGCUGCGAAGGUUAGUAGAUACCCAAAGAUUCUCCACCUAUGCUUACCCGCUGACUUACAUUCUUGAACUAAUAUCUGAAUGUAAAACUGGGCAAGUUCCGUCCCCUUUCUGAACUCCAAUAGAGAAGCGAAUAAAUCCACAGACGCUGCUAUCAAAUCUCGAUGGCUCUUAAGAGAAAUGCGGCAUGUAGCGAGCCCAUUACUUACUGCAACUCAAUGGCAUGAAAGGAACCAUUAGUCCCCUUGAAGGAAUGAUUCCCUGCCAACUUUCUAAUGGUGUAUACCAGCGAAGAACUUCCAAAACCAUUCCCGUAGUUUCGGGAUGGACAUAGAAAAGGAGAAAGUUGAUGUGGAGAAAAUGGAUUAUCAUGAAGAGCACAUGAUGAAUUUCACGAAAAAUGGCCUAAGACUCCACAACAGGGGGCGAUUUAUCUUGGAAGGUCUCUCGGCCAGAAAACAUAUGACUUUGAUCACCGUUGGCAUGAAACCAUCAAGCAUGCCCAAUACUUGCAAAACACAGGAGAGCAGUAUAAGACGCAAACGUCGGAUGGGUUCGUGUACAGAACCUUCUGGCGUCUUUUCCAAAAUUUCGCGAAGGAUGUAUCUUGCAUACUCUACACAGAGAGUUAUACACCAUCCAAAUAGACGACCAGUACCCCAGAAAAAAUUAUCUAGGUUUUGACGGUCCAUUGUAUUGUAGUUGUGCUGCGGUAGAUAGAAGAUCGGUUAUUGCGAUUGAAGUAAUAACGUGUGAGAUACCCAGAGGUUGUAUGGUGUUCUGCUCGUGGUGUAAUAAUGUAGCUUGAGAAAGGAGACCGAUUCUCUGCUCCAUAUUGUCUACUUACAUUGAAUGUUUUUCGCCAUGAAGGGAAGGUUAAAAGAUGACCUAGCUGGAUUGAGCCAUUU